AUGACACUAGUAUUGGCAGACUCAAUACAGCCAUUUGCUCUGGGACUAAUUGGAGCAAUUCUCGUAUGGCGUCUCCUAUGCAUGACUUUCCAAGGUCCAGAUCACAAAGAAGUAUGGACCAGAAUCGAAGCAGUUGGCGUCUCAGGCAAUGGAAUCUUUCCAUGGACUCGUGCAGUUGUUGGGUCGAUACUAUCGAUCCAGAAGAAUGCACACGAAGGCUACAAGAGAAUUUGUAAAGCCAAAGACCGGCCAUUUACACUUCCCACCAUGUGGACCGGCGGGGCUGUUGUUGUACUUCCACCAUCUCUACUUCCACUCCUCAACAAGCCUGAUACCGAGCUAUCAGGUUUCAGAGCUCUAAUCGAAACUAUACAACUGCCCUAUAUGAUUUCUAACCGUGAUAUCUACGAAAACGUCAUCCAUUUCGACGUGGUUCGCAAGAUUUUGACGAAGAAGGAGGUCAUCGGCUCACUUGCUCCGACGACCGCUGAAGAGCUUGAUAUUGCAUUUCGAGAAUGCUGGGGUGUAUCAGAGCGGUGGCAGACAAUGAACGGCUGGGAUGUCUGCGGACGUAUCAUCACUCGAGCUGCCCUGCGGACGUUGAUCGGAGAGCCUUUGUGUCGCGAUGAGACGUUUUUAGAGCAGUCCAGACUAUAUGCCAACUCCCUCUUUGCUGGCACGGCAAUUAUAAAUUGCUUGCCACCUCUUGUCAGGCCAUUAUUAGGGCCACUGUUGGCGCUACGAGCAAAAUACUACCAAGCUCGGUGCCAAAAAGUCCUGCGGCCUUACGUUGAAGAAAGGAUACGACUAUGGAACCAACGUCAGGAGAGAGACAACCAACCGAAUGACUUCCUCCAGUGGAUGAUUCCUAAAUGCUCCAGUGCACACUCAGACCAAUUGGAGCCAAACAAAACAGCAAUGCGACUUCUUGCCCUUAACACGAUGUUCAUUUUUGCUAUGGGAUAUGUUUUCGCUCAUUGCAUAUUCGAUUUAUACAGUAGCUCUCCGUCGCCCAAAGCCGAAUUUCUCCAUGACUUAGAAGAAGAAUGCAAGCGCGUGUUUGUGAAGCAUCACGGACUAUCGACAAAAGCGGCAAUUGACUCUCUAUAUCGUGUAGACUCGUCCAUAAGAGAAUCUAUGCGGCUUUCAGAUGUUGGCGUCACUAACCUUCCAUUGGAUGUUGUCUCCGGCAAAAUCAGUCUCGGAAAUGGUAUCCAAGUCCCUCCUGGCGUUCGGAUGGUCUUUCCUACGCAAUCAAUACAUCUCGACCCCAGCAAUUACGAACAACCUCUAUGCUUCGAUGCUUUUCGCUUUUCUCGAAGAUUUGAGACUCUAGAGGUGCCCAACAAGCAGCUUGGGGAGCGUGAACUUCUUACAUCUCCCACUCCAUCAUUCCUCGCUUUUGGAUAUGGCAGACAUGGUUGCCCUGGAAGAUGGUUUGUGGCUCAGACCAUCAAGCAAGCAUUGGCAUAUGUGAUCAUGAAUUACGAUGUCGAACUUGCUGGGGCACCAAUCAAGAGAAAAGCGUUGUUAAAUAUGAUGGUCCCACCGACGAACGCUCAAAUAAGGAUUCGGCGAAAAUCACAGAAAGAGACAGGUCUUUGA